AUCAAAGCAAAAGUUGUUUGGGCUCAGAGCACUUACUCCACCUCCCAGUUACCUGUUCUUUACCUAAUCUAUUAAUGAGAAUUUUAAUUGAUGAUGAUAAUGAAACUAAUGAUGACGCAAGUCAUGAAUUUACACUCAGACUCACUUGGAACAUGAUAUUUCCACUUUUCAUCUUCCUUUUCUUCAUCAUCCACGCGUCCUCUGGUGGACUUUAGUCAGUUAGAUGAUCAAAUUUGACCUUCUCACUUGAUAUAUUGAGUCUCUCUCUCUCUCUGUGAAAUAUUGUAUUAACUUUAAACGAUCAAUUUACCUCGAGUUAAUUUUGAUUCCUUUUUGUUACCUUAUUGUUAUGAGAACGAGAAAAACUUGAUUCGUCUCAAUAUUGUCUCUCUUUUUUUCCUCUGUUUGUUUUGGUUUCUUUUUGCUCUCUCUUGAUCACAGCUGAUUGAAGAUGUUAGUUGUUACUUCAAAAGCUGAACUUAAUUCCGCUCUCAAGGAUCGUCGAAGUGGUAAAUAUAUCGGUCUAGUGCCGACAAUGGGCGCUCUUCAUGCUGGUCAUCUUAAAUUGGUUCGGGAGGCUCGUGAUGAAUGUGACACUGUCGUUGUGACCAUUUUUGUUAACCCGACACAAUUUGCUCCACAUGAAGAUUUUGACAAAUAUCCUCGAACUUUCAAUCGAGAUCGAGAACAACUGGACUCUAUUGGUGUUGACAUUUUGUUCGCCCCAAGUGUCGAUGUGAUUUACGCAAACGGUAAAGAUCAAUGUACCAAAGUGAUUCUACCCGAUGAAUAUACGAAAAUACUUUGCGGUAAAUCGAGGCCUCACUUUUUCGACGGAGUGGCCCAAGUUUGUAAUAUACUCUUUAAUCUGGUUAGACCUAAUUUCGCAUUUUUCGGGGAAAAAGACCGACAACAAAUCACAAUUAUUCGUAAAAUGGUGAAAGAUCUUCACAUGAACAUCGAAAUCAUCGGUGUACCAACAGUUCGGGACUCGAAUGGCUUGGCACUUUCAUCUAGGAAUCAAUAUCUUUCCAGUGAACGAUUAACAUUAGCAUCUAAUCUGUUCAAGAUGAUGGAGAGAAUCGCAAUGGAAAUUAAAUCAGGAGAUCAUAAUUAUGCCAAAUUGUGUUCGCAGGCAACCCAACAAUUAACAGCCGAUGGUUUUCAAGUUGAUUACUUUGAAAUUCGCAACCUUCAAGAUUUAUCAACCAAUCUGUCAAACGAUAUUUGUAUUUUCGCUGCCGCUUGGCUCGAUGGGACUCGAUUAAUUGACAACUACUCACUUCCGAGUUUCAAUGGACAUGAUAGUUGUGAUUGAUGACAAUCUUCAAUGCAAAUCAUUGCAAUCAAAUACAAAUGAAAAGCUGAUUCGCCUUGGGGGCAAAUUAUUCAGUUUCCAUUAGAACCGUCCGAUCAAAAAUUAUCACAACAACUUGAUUGUCUUUAAAUUUAUAUCAUUGCUUAUUCAUGGUUUUAUUUGAAGUUAUUGAAUUUGCUGACUUUUUAAAAUAUUGCAACUUAAAAAGCAGACCAAUACUAAUAAUUAAUAUAUUAAUAAUUCGUGUUAAUAAAUAUCUUUGAAUGUUA